CCGAGCGAAGCGGCGCCGCCUCGACCCCCGCCCCCAGCCUUCGGCCGGACGCGGCAGGAGUGCGGUCCAGGCCCGGAAUAUCAUGUCACGUCCGUGACCGGCGCUGCCUGUCCCUUGGGUCUGUUUCUGCCCCCGGCAUCUCAAGACUCGUCGUGGUGUGGGUCUGUCAGUUCCGUCCAUCCAUCGCUGAGGCUGCUCCAGUGUUGUGUCCCGUCGCCGGGUGAAGGAGAACAUUAAAUUGGAUUAAAAAGAGGGGCGAUAAUGCACCAUGGCAGCGGCCCGCAGAGUGUCCAGCACCAGCUGCAGCGGUCCAGGGCCUUCGCCCCCAGCGAAGGCGAGGAACAGCAGGCCCACCCAAACCCGCCCCAGUCCCCUGCCACGCCCUUCGCGCCUUCGGCCAGCCCUUCCGCACCACAGUCUCCCGGGUACCAAGUUCAGCAGCUGAUGAAUAGGAGCCCUGUGACGGGACAGAACGUGAACAUCGCCCUGCAGAGUGUCGGCCCGGUGGUGGGAGGAAACCCGCAGAUCACGCUCGCUCCUCUGCCGCUCCCCAGCCCCGCUUCUCCAGGCUUCCAGUUUGGCACCCAGCAGAGGCGCUUUGAGCAUGGGUCUCCGUCGUACAUCCAGGUCACCUCACCACUGUCCCAGGGGGUGCAGACUCAGAGUCCCACCCAGCCCAGUGCCGGGCCGGGGCCGGGCCUGCAGAGCGUGCGGGCCGGCACCCCUGGCCCUGGUCUGGGCCUCUGCAGCAGCAGUCCUACUGGGGGCUUCGUGGACGCCAGCGUGUUAGUGAGGCAGAUGAGCUUGAGCCCAUCUAGUAGCGGGCACUUUGUGUUUCAGGAGAGCCCUGGCCUCGCCCAGAUGGCCCCGGGCACCCAGGUGCAGCUGCAGCACGCGGGGGCUCCCAUUGCCGUCCGAGAGCGGAGACUGUCGCAGCCCCACGCGCAGUCCGGGGGCACCGUCCACCACCUGGGGCCCCAGAGCCCCGCGGCCGCGGGUGCCGCUGGCCUGCAGCCCCUGGCCAGCCCCGGCCACAUCGCCACAGCGAGCUUGCCGCCCCAGAUCAGCAGUCUCAUCCAGGGCCAGCUGGUCCAGCAGCAGCAGGUGCUGCAGGGGCCGCCGCUGACCAGACCCCUGCUCCCCGGGGUUGGGCUUGGGGGGGCUUCGGCCUUCGGGAUGACCUCCCCGCCGCCCCCCACCAGCCCCUCCAGGACUGCAGUGCCCCCGGGCCUCUCCAGCCUUCCUCUCACAUCUGCGGGGAGUGCAGGCGUGAGGAAGGCCCCCAAGAAGUUGGAGGAGAUUCCCCCGGCCUCUCAGGAGCUGGCCCAGAUGAGGAAGCAGUGCCUGGACUACCACUACCGGGAAAUGGAGGCGCUGAAGGAGGCCUUCAAGGAGUACCUGAUCGAAUUGUUCUUCUUGCAACACCUUCAAGGGAACAUGAUGGACUUCUUGGCUUUCAAGAAGAAGCAUUAUGCCCCGUUGCAAGCUUAUCUUAGGCAGAAUGAUUUGGACCUGGAGGAGGAGGAGGAGGAUGAGGAGGAGGAGGAGGAGGAGGAGGAAGAAAAGUCUGAGGUUAUCAACGAUGAGGUAAAGGUUGUGACAGGAAAGGAUGGGCAGACUGGUACUCCCGUUGCUAUAGCAACCCAGCUUCCGCCAAAUGUUUCUGCUGCUUUUUCAUCCCAGCAGCAACCGCUUCAGCAGCAAGCUCUGGCGGGGGCCCUUGUGGCGGGGGCUGCAAGUGUGGCAGAGACGGACCCCUUUAAGAGGCAGCAGGCGGGGACCCCAGCAGAGCCGUCUAAGCGGCCUCGGCUUGAAGUGGGCCACCAGGGGCCAGUUUUCCAGCACCCGGGGGCGAACGCAGGGGUUCCUCUUCAGCAGCUCAUGCCCACGGCUCAAGGAGGAAUGCCUCCGGCCCCUCAAGCUGCCCAGCUCGCCGGACAGAAGCAAAGCCAGCAGCAGUACGACCCAUCCACUGGGCCCCCAGUGCAGAAUGCCGCCAGCCUGCACACUCCGCCGCCGCAGCUCCCUGGCAGGCUGCCCCCCGCCGGCCUUCCCGCCGCGCCCCUCCCGCCAGCGCUGCACUUUCCUCAGCAGCCUCCGGCAGUGGAGCCUCACGUGCAGCUCCAGGUCCCUGCGAAGACGCCCCAGUCGAAUGCCUCUAUCCCCGUGCUCCCACCCAGCCAGCUGCCGGUGCCGCCGCCGCAGCCCGUGCCGCAGUCCCUGCAUGCCCCGAUGCCUGGGAAGGCUCAGAUGCAGGCCGCCCAGCUCCCUUCCCAGCCACAGACGGUGGCGUCGACGAGACCGCCCGUGGACCCUGCCCAGCCCUGUCAGCGACCCCCGCCGGCGGCCUCUUCUACCUCGUCCAUAGCUCCUGCCAGCGGCUCGGGCCCGUCACCGGUACGGGUCUCUGCAGGGAAUAGACCCUCCUUGGCAGCCAACAAGUCUCUGUCUCCGGUCACCUCCCGGUCCCUGGGGGCAGCUGUGUCAGCACCGCCCAAACCCCAGAGCCCAGCUCAGAAUGCCGCCCCGCCCCAAGACAGCUCUCAGGACAAGCUGGCAGAACAGAUAGCACUGGAAAACCAGAUCCAUCAGCGGAUAGCAGAUUUGAGGAAAGAAGGCCUAUGGUCCCUCAGGCGGUUGCCCAAACUGCAGGAGGCCCCACGCCCCAAGUCGCACUGGGACUAUCUGCUGGAGGAGAUGCAGUGGAUGGCCACGGACUUUGCCCAGGAGAGGAGGUGGAAGGUGGCCGCGGCCAGGAAGCUCAUCAGGACAGUGGCACGUCACCAUGAGGAGAAGAAGCUGCGUGAGGAGAGGGGAAGGAAGGAGGAGCAGAACCGACUGAGACGCAUCGCUGCCUCCACCGCCCGAGAGAUAGAGUGUUUUUGGUCAAAUAUUGAACAGGUCGUGGAGAUAAAAUUACAAGUAGAAUUGGAAGAGAAAAGGAAAAAAGCCUUAACUUUACAGAAGGUGCCCAGGAGAGGAAAAGAGUCGAGGCCUCAGGGGCUGGAUGCACUGCCGGAAGCUUUCCUGGAGUCGGGGUUGUCUGGAAGGAAGAGGAAAGCUAGCACAUCUCUGACUGACGAUGAAGUGGAAGAUGAGGAGGAGACCAUAGAAGAGGAAGAAGCAAACGAGGGGGCCGUGGACCACCAGGCAGAGCUGUCCAAUUUAGCCAAAGAAGCUGAAUUGCCCUUAAUUGACUUGAUGAAGUUGUAUGAAGGAGCUUUUCUGCCCAGUUUCCAGUGGCCGCAACCGAAGCCCGACAGUGAGGAGGCGAGCGAAGAAGAAGAUGUGGAAGGUGCCCCGGGCGACCGGGAGGGCCGGAAGGAUGUGGUUCUCAUAGACUCACUGUUCAUCAUGGACCAGUUCAAAGCUGCGGAGAGAAUGACUCUUGGGAGCCCUCACACAAAGGACAUCGCGGAGGUGACUGCCGUGGCUGAAGCUGUCCUGCCGAAGGGCAGUGCCCGGGUCAGCCCCACGGUGAAGUUGAACGCGCCAUCUCUGUUGUACGGCGCGCUCAGGGACUACCAGAAGAUUGGCCUGGACUGGCUGGCCAAACUCUACCGGAAGAACCUCAACGGCAUCCUGGCGGACGAAGCUGGGCUGGGCAAGACGGUGCAGGUCAUUGCUUUCUUUGCCCACCUAGCUUGCAACGAAGGCAACUGGGGCCCUCAUCUCGUGGUUGUGAGAGGCUGUAACAUCCUUAAGUGGGAGCUCGAGCUGAAGCGGUGGUGCCCCGGGCUCAAAACCCUCCUGUAUGUUGGCAGCCACAGAGAACUGAAAGCCAAGAGACAGGAGUGGACGGAGCCCAACAGCUUCAAUGUGUGCAUCGCGCCCUACAAGCACUUCUUCAGGGGCUAUGCAGCCUUCACGCGUGUGCGGUGGCGCUGCCUGGUCAUCGACGAGAUGCAGCGUGUCCGCGGCAUGACCGAGAGGCACUGGGAGGCCGUGUUCACCCUGAGGAGCCAACAGCGCCUGCUGCUGAUCGACGCGCCCCUGCACAACACCUUCCUGGAGCUCUGGACCAUGGUACACUUCCUCAUCCCCGGCAUCUCCAGGCCUUACCUGCACCUGCCCCUGAAGGCCCCGAACGACGAGAAUCAGGACUACUACCACAAAGUGGUCAUACGGCUGCACCGGGUGACGCAGCCCUUCAUCUUGAGGAGAACUAAGAGAGACGUGGAGAAGCAGCUGACGAAGAAGUACGAGCACGUGCUGAAGUGCCGCCUGUCGAGUCGGCAGAAGGCCUUGUACGAGGACGUGAUCCUGCAGCCUGGGACCCAGGAGGCGCUGAAGAGUGGCCACUUCGUGGACGUGCUGAGCAUCCUGCUGCGGCUGCAGAGGAUCUGCAACCAUCCCGGGCUGGUGGAGCCCCGGCUCCCGGAGUCGUCGUACACAGCGGGGCCUCUGCAGUACCGCUCGGCCUCCCUUGUCCUCAGGGCGCUCGACGGGGACUCCUGGAAGGAAACGGAUCUCUCUAUAUUUGAUCUUAUCGGCUUAGAGAACAAAAUGACUCGCCACGAAGCAGAAUUGCUGUGUAAGAAGAAGGUGACACGGAAGCUCAUGGACGAGCUGUACACCGCGCCGCCCCCGUCGGGCAGGCCAGCGACCCUCAGACUGAAGCCCAGCAGGUUGUUUCAGCCCGUGCAGUAUGGCCAGAAGCCCGAGGGUCGCACCGUGGCUUUCCCCAGCACACACCCGCCCCGGACGGCGGCCUCUGCUGCAGCCACGGCCACUCCUCAGGGCCACGUGAGAGGACGGCCACCGGUUGCCACGUUCUCUGCCAAUCCAGAUGCAAAAGUGGCGGCAGCCCCGUUUCAGAGCUCCCAGGCCUCCGCCGGCGCGCCCGCUCCGAGACAGCCGCCCGCCUCGACCUCCGGCGCAGCACCUGCCCCGGCCCAUCCUGCGAAACCGCGGGCCCCGCCCCCGACCCCGCCCCCGGGCCCCCCGCACCCGGCGGGGCCGAGCGCGCUGCCUCAGGGGCUGGUGCUCACCUCGCAGGCUCAGGCGCGCCUGCCCAGUGGGGAGGUGGUCAAAAUAGCCCAGCUGGCUUCCCUGGCAGGGCCGCAGAGCCGGGUCGCCCAGCCAGAGACCCCGGUGACGCUGCAGUUUCAGGGGAACAAGUUCACCUUGUCACAUAGCCAGCUGCGGCAGCUCACCGCUGGCCAGCCCCUGCAGCUGCAAGGCAGCGUUCUUCAGAUCGUGUCCGCUCCGGGGCAGUCCUACCUGCGACCGCCAGGCCCCGUGGUGAUGCAGACCAUGUCUCAGGCGGGCGCCCUCAACGCCCUGGGAAGCAAGCCCCCGGCCGGUGGCCCGGGCCCAGCCCCCGUGACUGCGCCAGUUGGUGUGCCAGGGCGAGUGGCAGUCAACCCCCUGCCUGCUGGAGAACCCGGAAUGGCCUCCAAACCAGCCUCUCCUGUCGGAGGGCCAACCCAGGAGGAGAAGAGCAGACUUCUGAAGGAGCGACUGGACCACAUCUACUCUGUCAACGAGCGGCGCUGCUCGCGGGCCCCCGUCUACGGCCGAGAUCUGCUGCGGAUUUGUUCCGUGGUCGGCCGAGAACAGACGCCUUGGCCCAGGGUUUCUGACAGCAGCCAGCGGAAGGGGGCCGGGACAGCGGGUGGGUACAUGCCAUCCUCCCACGGUCAGAAGGACCUGAUUUUGACGCUGACCCAGCGGCAAGCCUGCCUGCAGGAUGUCAUCGACAGGGUGGUGUGCGUGAUCCCUCCGGUGGUGGCCGCGCCCCCGUCCCUGUGGGUGGCGAGGCCGCCGUCCCUCUACAGCCACAGGAUGAGGCUCCUGAGGCACCGCCUUCGAGAGCACACAGCUCCCUACGCGCAGCAGCUGCGGCGGAUGACGGCGCUGUGCUCCCUCCGGUUUCCGGAGCUCCGAUUGGUGCAGUUCGACUCAGGAAAGCUCGAAGCUUUAGCCAUCUUGCUUCAGAAGUUGAAGUCUGAGGGACGUCGAGUGCUAAUCUUGUCGCAAAUGGUUCUCAUGUUGGACAUUUUAGAAAUGUUCUUGAACUUCCAUUAUCUCACCUACGUCAGGAUCGAUGAGAACGCGAACAGCGAGCAGCGGCAGGAGCUGAUGAGGAGUUUCAACAGGGACAGGAGGAUCUUCUGUGCCAUUCUGUCAACCCACAGCCGCGCCACAGGCGUGAGCCUGGUGGAAGCCGACGCAGUGGUGUUCUAUGAUAACGACCUGAACCCCGUGAUGGACGCCAAGGCCCAGGAGUGGUGUGAGCGGAUCGGGAGGCGCAAGGACGUCCAUAUCUACAGGCUCGUGAGUGGUAAUUCCAUUGAAGAGAAGCUUUUGAAAAACGGAACCAAAGACUUGAUCCGGGAAGUAGCCGCUCAGGGCAAUGACUACUCCAUGGCUUUCCUGACGCAGCGGACCAUCCAGGAGCUGUUUGAGGUGUGCUCUCCCACUGACGAUGCCGGCUUCCCAGUGAAGGCGGAGGAGUUCGUGGUCCUUUCUCAGGAGCCUUCUGCCACAGAAAUCAUCGCCCCCAAAAUUGCAAGACCUUUCAUUGAGGCCCUUAAGAGCAUUGAGUACCUGGAGGAAGACGCCCAGAAACCCGAGGAGGAAGCCGUGCCGGGGGCGUCUACCUCUGACAGCCUGAUGCGGAAGGAGGAGCCGUCACAGCUGGAGGAGUUAGCGGACUUCAUGGAACAGCUUACGCCUAUUGAGAAGUACGCGCUGAAUUACCUGGAGUUGUUCCACACGCCGGCUGGCCCCGAGAAAGAGGGAGACAGCGAGGACGCGGUGCUGACCGCUGUGAGGGAGUGGGAGGCCCAGAACGCGAGGGCCCUGCGGGAGAGGGAGGCGCGAGUGCUGCAGGAGCAGGAGCAGGAGCAGCUUCUCACCUACACCAGGGAGGACGCCUACAACGCGGAGUACGUGUGCGAAGGUGCCGACGGGCAGGUGGAGGUCAUGCCGCUCUGGACGCCGCCCACGCCACCCCAGGAUGACAACGACAUUUACGUGGACCCGGUCCUGUGUCUCACGUACGAAACCACGCCCAUCCCAGAGUCCAAGCUGCCCCCUGUGUACGUGAGGAAGGAGCGCCGGCGGCACCGCACGGAUCCCUCAGUUGCAGGCCGGAAGAAGAAGCAGCGCCACGGGGAGCCGGUCGUCCCCCCUCGCUCGCUGUUUGACCGCGCCACGCCCGGCAUGUUGAAAAUGCGCCGGGAAGGAAAGGAGCAGAAAAAGAAUAUUCUGUUGAAGCAGCAGACACAGUUCGCCAAGCCGCUGCCGACUUUUGCCAAACCAACAGCCGAGUCGGGCCCAGACAACCCCGAGUGGCUCAUCAGUGAAGAUUGGGCGCUGCUGCAGGCCGUGAAGCAGCUGCUGGAGCUGCCUCUGAACCUGACCAUCGUGUCCCCGGCCCACACGCCCAACUGGGACCUCGUCAGCGACGUCGUCAACUCCUGCAGCCGCAUCUACCGCUCUUCCAAGCAGUGCCGGAGCCGCUACGAGAACGUGCUCAUUCCCAGGGAGGAAGGCAAGAGUAAGAACAACCGGCCCCUGCGCACAGGCCAGAUGUACGCCCAGGACGAGAAUGCCACGCACACGCAGCUGUACACGAGCCACUUCGACCUGAUGAAGAUGACGGCCGGCAAGAGGAGCCCCCCCAUCAAGCCUCUGCUUGGCAUGAAUCCCUUUCAGAAAAACCCCAAGCACGCCUCCGUGUUGGCAGAAAGCGGGAUCAACUACGACAAGCCGCUGCCUCCCAUUCAGGUCGCGUCUCUCCGAGCAGAGCGAAUUGCCAAAGAGAAGAAGGCUCUGGCUGAUCAGCAGAAGGCGCAGCAGCCGCCCGUGGCGCAGCCCCCGCCGCCUCCGCCGCAGCCGCAGCCCCCACCGCCACAGCAGCCACCCCCGCCUCUGCCCCAGCCCCAGGCGGCCGGCAGCCAGCAGCCUGCGGGCCCGCCGGCCGUCCAGCAGCAGGCCCCGGCGCAGCCCCAGGCGCCACCCGCACAGCCCCCGCCGAAGGUGCCCCCGGCGAUCACCACUGUGGGCAGCGCUGCUGUGCUGGCGGGAGCCAUGAAAACGUCCGUCACGGGGACGAGUAUGCCAACGGGCACGGUGAGCGGAAACGUCAUCGUGAACACCAUCGCGGGGGUCCCUGCCGCCACCUUCCAGUCCAUUAACAAGCGUCUUGCUUCACCUGUGGCGCCAGGAGCCUUGACCACCUCCGGAGGCUCUGCUCCAGCCCAGGUGGUCCACACCCAGCCUCGCGCCGUCGGUUCCCCGGCCACGGCCACGUCCGACCUUGUGUCUCUGGCACCAACCCAGGGUGUUCGCGCGGUUACCUCUGUGACAGCCUCAGCCGUGGUCACUACCAGCCUGACCCCAGUGCAGACUCCGACCCGGUCUUUGGUGACUCAGGUGUCCCAAGCCACAGGGGUGCAGCUGCCCGGGAAGGCCAUCACCCCCGCACACUUCCAGCUGCUCCGGCAGCAGCAGCAGCAGCCGCCGCCCCCGCCCCCGCCCUCUCAGGUGCAGGUCCCGCAGAUCCAGGGCCAGGCCCCAUCGCCAGCACAGAUCAAGGCUGUUGGCAAGUUGACUCCGGAACAUCUGAUCAAAAUGCAGAAGCAGAAACUGCAGCUGCCCCAGCAGGCCCCCCCACCGCAGGCCCCGCCAGGGCCCCCACAGCCCGCUACACAAGUGCAAGUGCAGGCCCCGCCACCCACGCCGCAGCAGAGCCCCCAGCUGGCCACAGUCACGGCCCCGCGGCCCGGAGCCCUGCUCACGGGCACCACCGUGGCCAACCUCCAGGUGGCCCGGCUCACCCGGGUUCCCCCUUCGCAGCUGCAGGCGCAAGGGCAGAUGCAGGCUCAGGCGCCCCAGCCCGCGCAGGUGGCACUGGCCAAGCCUCCCGUGGUGUCCGUGCCGGCGGCCGUGGUCUCCUCGCCAGGUGUGACGACCCUGCCCAUGAACGUCGCCGGGAUCAGCGUGGCCAUCGGACAGCCACAGAAAGCCGCAGGACAGACCGUCGUGGCGCAGCCCGUGCACGUACAGCAGCUGCUGAAACUGAAGCAGCAGGCCGUGCAGCAGCAGAAAGCCAUCCAGCCCCAGGCAGCCCCGGGCCCAGCGGCUGUCCAGCAGAAGAUCGCCGCACAGCAGAUUGCUGCUCAGGGCCAACCACAGAAGGUCACCUAUGCCACCCAGCCAGCCCUUAAAACGCAGUUCCUUACCACACCCAUCUCCCAGGCCCAGAAACUGGCUGGUACGCAGCAGGUGCAGACCCAGAUCCAGGUUGCCAAACUCCCUCAAGUGGUCCAGCAGCAGACACCUGUGGCCGGCAUCCAGCAGGUGGCCUCUGCUUCCCAGCAGGCCUCCCCGCAGACUGUGACCCUGACUCAGGCGACGGCGGCCGGGCAGCAGGUGCAGAUGAUCCCCACGGUGACAGCGACCGCGCAGGUGGUGCAGCAGAAGCUCAUGCAGCAGCAGGUGGUGCCGACGGCGGCGGGCCAGCUGCAGAACCCCGGCGUCGCCGCCCCCGCCCAGGUCCCGGCCAGCUCCGACAACCCCGGCCAGCAGCCCAAGCUGCAGAUGCGAGUCCCUGCCGUCCGGCUGAAGACGCCCGCCAAGCCCCCGUGCCCCUAGUCGCAGCGGCGGGCGGGCCUCGGGGCAGGCCGCGGGGCACUCCGCCGCCAAGUCAGGAGCAGGCGCGUUAUUUAUUGUUGAACCGUGGAGCGGUGUCGUUGGAGGUGUUUGGCCCCGGGGAGGUUGUAACGGAAACAAAGUAGUGUCAUUGUUUUACUAUCCUGCAUCCGACACUGCGGGGGCGGUGAGCCGUGGCCCAUGCCCCCGUGCCCAUGUCCGGUGACCAACGGCGGAGGUGCUGCUGGCGCCUUCAGCUUCCCGUCUCUGCAGAGCGGUAGUGCCAGGUCUCGUGUGUGUGCGCUGUUCUGCACGGGGCCAUGUGGAGGGGCAGUGAGUCAUAGAGGAGAGCUCUUGAACCUGAAACCUGGUCUUGGACAGCAUCCGCCUCUGCUUGGUUCUGUACUCCUACCUGAACGUGCGUUCUGGUCCUUGGAGAGGAGAGAGGUCGGCUGAGGAGAUCAUCUCCGGUCCGAGGCGGCCAGUGUGGUUUUCUCUUUCCCUCCUCUGAGGUGUUUCCAGGCCCAUUCAUGACCUCUUCCGGCCAUGUGAAGGCUCACUGUCCCCGACUGAAUUUUCAUUCCAAAGAGCAGCCAGUGGGGCUCACGUCGGGCCCGCGGUGCCACGGGUGUCCUUACAGCACAUCCAGGACACUCGCGGCUGGUGGAUGAAGCGCGUGUGUGGACGGAACCCGGGAGCGGCUCCGGCGAACUCCAUGAGGCUCCCGUAUGGGCUGUGGGGCCUGGACUGCUGUGUGAGGGUCGGACGCCCACCCCAUUGCUCUCCCGCCCAGCCCAGGCGGGACCUGCGGACAGUGAGCAGCCUCCGCGGACUGUGCAGGGUCCCCAACAGACAUGGGUGUCAUGAGUGCUUCCUCGCGGGCUGGUGAGCCAGACUUCUGUUUCUCGUGACGCCAGCAUCGCGCCCGGGAGCAGAUGCACUCCCUUGUGGGUCCGUGCAAAGCAGAGGACCUUCUAUGCAGUAUUUGGGGACGCACUUGAGGGACAAAGAGGAGGCCCCGUGUUUGCUUCUGUUUUAUUUUUUCACUGCAGUGAGCUAGUGUAAGUGUUUGCAGUGGGCGCGUUUGGCCGAUGACUUCUGCUUACCUGGACGCUGUCUCCCAGGCCCACGUGCGCAUCGGGCUCCCCGCUCUGUGCGCUGGCUCUGUGGCUCUCUCCUGCUGUGGGUCCAGAAAAUCAGGUCAUGUUGGGUGUGUGUGGGCAUUCUGAGGGAGUCUCCCUGCUCGUUUUCUCUGUCCUCCCCCGUGUACCACUUUUGAGUGGCACGAAGGAACGCGGACCAUAGUUUUGGUUUCCCAUCGAUUUACGUGGAUGGUAACAUGGCAGCAUCUAUUGAAGCAACUGGGCAGCUCAUUACUGAGCUCUGGGUGAGAAAUUUGGAGAAAGGUAAAAAUCAAGUGUUGAAAAAAAUGGAAGGGACUUAACAUGAUAGUUCGCUGCACUGUGUGGAGGCAGUGCUGCGACAUGUGUUCUCACCACCACCCUCUGGCGUGGCCCGUGCUGCCAGGAGAGGAUAGCGUGCCGGGGACUUCUGCUCUCCUACCCUGAUGUGCAGCGGUGCGGCGUGAUUUGUGUGCCCAGUGCACCUGGCCCCCCACUUCUGGGGCCGUUGGCCUGGAAGAGGAAGAGGAUCUGUUUGCACCCGCUUUGGCACACCCUGCCCGGGCUGCCCGCUGGGACAGAAGUGAGCCGGCGCGCCAGCAUUUGUGGCCUGGGCCCCUGCCUGCCUCAGUGCGUGAAUGAGCGGCCCUCGUGUGCGAGGCCGUGUCCUUCCCUGGCUGCUUACGUGGGACCCAGGGCAGAUGGUUGGCUUUUGUCCGACUUAGGUGCACCAGGGGCCCCCGGCUUCACCAGCUGCUCCAGGAAACCUCCUCCUCCUCCCCGGGUGUGGUUCUCUCCAUCUUCUGCUGUCAGGGGUCCACUGUCCUUUCUGAGCUCCACGCGAGUGUGGGGUGGUUCUGCCUGCAAACUCCCGCAUGGCCCAAGAACCAGCGCCCCGGCCAGGACAGCAUGCGGGGUCGGCGGUUAGGCACACCGCGGGAGCGUUGUCCGGCUCCCUCCUCCGGCGCUGCGUGGGCAGCUGCCGGCUCUGACUGCUCUUCCUGCGUGAUGCCCCGGAGGCGGGGCUCGCCUGCAGGCAGUCUUCACCACUUUCUGUCCCCUGUGUCACCAUACGGCUGGCACGUUUCAAAUAUAAAGGAAGAAGACUGAAAUUGUAAAUACUUUGUAAACAUACCCAUUUGUACUUGAAUAGUAGGGUUUUAAAAAGGGCACUGAUAUCCCACCAAACAAAAGGUAUAAUAAAAUGACCUUUUUCUAUGCUU